GUAUUUUUAAUCCCUCCUUCCAUCAUCCGGUGGCGAUGUCUAUCCUCCCUUUUCUGACCGCUCGUUUGGAAUUAGGAGAAUGUGUCCCCUGAGGGUGAUACUGAUCUUCCUCUCGGCGACGCUCGCCGGCUUCUUCGUGCUGAAGGGGCUCAGAUCGCAUGCGGAUGAGGAGCCGGCCGAGGUCGCCGGCGGCGAAGAGCCCCUUUCGCUUUCCCGUUCCGGCAAGGUUCGAUCUGCGAUGAGUUUAGGGUUUUGGACUUGCGUCGAUAUGGCGAGCGGGCGAUAUCUGUGGAGGAAUCUGGUGUCUUCGGCGGCGACGGUGGAUUCAGGAAAGAAGAUCUGAUUGUUGUUUUUGUUGCUGUUUAUUCGGCUUUGAAUUUUAAUAAAUGUUUUCUUGCUCUGUUGAUUUGAAGUUUCAACUGUGAUUAGUUGAGUUUGAUGUGGAUUUGGGAAAAUUGGGACGUGAUUUGCGCUCUUUGAUAUUUUUUUUAUUU